UGGCUUUAUUUGAUUGGGCCUCUACGUAAGGCGGUUCAACCUAAAGUCGGUGCGCACGCCUAUUUAACGUGCGUUCUUCUAGCAAAGGUUUCAUUGCUACGGAAUUGCAGUAUACCCCCUUCCUUCUCGAUCCUUUGUUUCUCCCGAUUACCGUCGUCAAGAUGCAGAUCUUCGUCAAAACCCUCACCGGCAAGACCAUCACCCUCGAGGUGGAAAGCUCCGACACCAUCGACAAUGUCAAGGCCAAAAUCCAGGAUAAGGAAGGCAUCCCUCCCGAUCAGCAGAGGCUGAUCUUCGCCGGAAAGCAGCUAGAGGACGGCCGCACACUCGCCGAUUACAACAUCCAGAAAGAAUCCACUCUCCACCUCGUCCUCCGUCUCCGCGGUGGGAUGCAAAUCUUCGUCAAAACCCUAACGGGCAAAACCAUAACCCUGGAGGUCGAGAGCUCCGACACCAUCGACAAUGUGAAAGCCAAGAUCCAGGACAAGGAAGGCAUUCCUCCGGACCAACAGCGCCUGAUCUUCGCCGGUAAGCAGCUCGAGGAUGGCCGCACCCUCGCCGAUUACAAUAUCCAGAAGGAAUCGACCCUCCAUUUGGUCCUCCGUCUCCGCGGUGGGAUGCAGAUCUUCGUCAAAACCCUCACCGGCAAGACUAUUACCCUCGAGGUGGAAAGCUCCGACACCAUCGACAAUGUCAAGGCCAAAAUCCAGGACAAGGAAGGCAUCCCUCCGGAUCAACAGCGGCUGAUCUUUGCAGGCAAGCAGCUCGAGGACGGCCGCACCCUCGCCGACUACAAUAUUCAGAAGGAAUCCACUCUCCAUUUAGUCCUCCGUCUCCGGGGCGGGAUGCAGAUCUUUGUCAAAACCCUCACCGGAAAGACCAUUACCCUCGAAGUUGAAAGCUCCGACACCAUCGAUAACGUGAAAGCCAAGAUCCAGGACAAGGAAGGCAUCCCUCCGGACCAGCAGAGGCUGAUCUUUGCAGGAAAGCAGCUCGAAGAUGGCCGCACUCUCGCCGACUACAACAUUCAGAAGGAAUCCACUCUUCAUUUGGUCCUCCGUCUCCGUGGUGGGAUGCAGAUUUUCGUUAAAACCCUGACGGGGAAGACGAUAACUCUGGAGGUGGAGAGCUCGGACACGAUCGACAAUGUGAAGGCGAAGAUUCAGGACAAGGAGGGGAUCCCGCCGGACCAGCAGAGGCUGAUAUUUGCGGGGAAGCAGCUGGAGGAUGGGAGGACGCUGGCUGAUUACAACAUCCAGAAGGAGUCCACCCUCCACCUCGUCCUGCGCCUCCGUGGCGGUAUGCAGAUCUUCGUCAAAACCCUCACCGGCAAGACCAUCACCCUCGAGGUUGAAAGCUCCGACACCAUCGACAAUGUCAAGGCCAAAAUCCAGGAUAAGGAAGGCAUUCCUCCGGAUCAACAGAGGCUGAUCUUCGCCGGAAAGCAGCUCGAGGACGGCCGCACCCUCGCCGACUACAACAUCCAGAAGGAGAGCACCCUCCACUUGGUCCUCCGUCUCCGCGGUGGGAUGCAGAUCUUCGUCAAAACCCUUACCGGAAAGACCAUUACCCUCGAGGUCGAGAGCUCCGACACCAUCGACAAUGUGAAAACCAAAAUCCAGGAUAAGGAAGGCAUCCCUCCGGAUCAACAGAGGCUGAUCUUCGCCGGUAAGCAGCUCGAGGAUGGCCGCACUCUCGCCGACUACAACAUCCAGAAGGAAUCCACUCUUCAUUUGGUCCUCCGUCUCCGCGGUGGUAUGCAAAUCUUCGUCAAAACCCUGACGGGGAAAACCAUAACACUGGAGGUCGAGAGCUCCGACACAAUCGACAACGUGAAGGCCAAAAUCCAGGACAAGGAAGGCAUCCCUCCCGACCAGCAGCGGCUGAUCUUCGCCGGCAAGCAGCUCGAAGAUGGCCGCACUCUUGCCGACUACAACAUUCAGAAGGAAUCAACUCUGCACUUGGUGCUGAGGCUGAGGGGAGGAAUGCAGAUCUUCGUCAAGACCCUGACGGGGAAGACGAUAACUCUGGAGGUUGAGAGCUCGGACACAAUCGACAACGUGAAGGCGAAGAUUCAGGACAAGGAGGGGAUCCCGCCGGACCAGCAGAGGCUGAUAUUUGCAGGGAAGCAGCUGGAGGACGGGAGGACUCUGGCUGAUUACAACAUCCAGAAGGAGUCCACCCUCCACCUUGUCCUCCGCCUCCGUGGCGGUGCUACUGCUGCUGCCUUCUAGAAGGUACUACUGUUCUGAGUUGUUAAGGAGAUGUCCGGUGACUGUUCUGUGAAUUGGUGUUUUUAAUGAAUAAUGCUGUUCCUUCUAUUAUAAAGUAGUCAUGUUUAUGUUUGGAUUUGAUAUUUGACUUAGUAGCAGGGGAGGGUCACCCUGCUAAUUUAUCCAGACAAAAGUAAUGGUAUUAUGAUGUUUAAUACGUAA